AGCAAGAUUGCGGCAUGCGUGUUGCGCGGAAUGUUGACAGGGAAAGGAUCGUCGUCAAACAGUAAUGCCGCGGGGAUACAUCAUGUAUGUAAGGUACAGUCCAUAGACCGUUAUGGCAUCACCUCAACCGUACAGCUGCGGCCCAUCAUCACCGUCCUCCCAGCUUACCUUCACCCAACCGCAUUGAGACAUCCUUUUUCUACAAAACCCCAAACCUACAAAAUAAAAGAAUAAAAGAAGAAAAAAUGCCCUUCCUCGUCCUCCCGGCCCUCAUACCCGACAUCCGCGCCGUCUACGACGUCUACUUCGCCGCCUUCACGACCGACCCGGACGGCCGGCGCCUGCUGGAUAUCCUCUUCCCCGGAGGCGUGGCGUCGGACGAGUUCCGCGAUGCCCACGCCAAGGGCACGCUCGCCUGGUGGCACACGUCGGACACGCAGUACACCUUCAAGUGCCUCGACCCGGCCACGGGGGAGGUAGUGGGCAUGGCGCUGUGCGAUGUGUUUGUUACGACGCCCAAGGUGGAGGAGAAGAAGAAGAAGGAGAGGGUCAUGCCCGAGGUGGGCUGGCUUCAGGGCAAGGAGAAGGAACGCGCCGAGCGGGUGCUGGCUCCGUUGUGGAAGGCCCGGGAGAGGAUUUGGGGUGGGGGGAGGUAUAUUUAUAUCCACGCCUUUGCGGUACACCCCAAGCACCAGGGCCGUGGAGCCGGGGCGGCGCUGGUGCAAGCGCUCAUCGACCUCAGUGACAGCACCGGGUUGCCCAUCUACUUGGAGUCGUCACCGGGAUCACAGGGGCUUUACAGAAAGAUGGGAUUUAUGCAGGUACCCGGAAACAUCGCUAGAGUGGUGCAUGACGCGGAGGUAUUGGGCACGGAGGAGGAUGUAGAGGUACCCCUCAUGAUUAAGCUGCCGGCGUCCGUUACAGCCUCUUCAUCAGAAAAGGGCAAGAGUGUGGAAGACGUGUACGUGCAGUGGUAUUGGCAGAGGGGCACAACGGAUGAGAAGGUCAAGGGGCAAUGAUAGAACACGAAGUGGCGUCAAGAAUACAGGCCCGUUACCUCCAGGAUCCCAAGGCUGG